AAGUGUUGUCUGAAACGGUUUAAUACGGAAAUACUUACAUAUCAUAAACAUUAUGAUUACAGCAUGAUGAUACGAACAUUAGAUUUAUAAUUCGGACAAUAGUGUUAUAAUUACUGCCUUUACAUGUGUGGAUUUUAGCGGACAUAACCUAGUGAUCAAUAUACAAACAUGAAAGAGAGUCGCCAUGAAAGUAAAGCAAAAUUUCUUUUCAGAACUUUAUUUAUACUAUACAAAAUAAUAGUAAUUUUUUUCUGACAUUCAAAAAAAUAUUGUAGCGAUGCCCUCUGUGUUUAGCGACAAGCAGGAAGAACAAAACUAUAUUCGACUUAACUUAAUGGUUGUCAAAUUUUCAACCUUUGUUCUAAAAGCUAGGUUUGAUCACGCUGUUCUGCCAGGUUUGCAACUUUGUCAACAUUUGAAUAAAUAUAUAACAGUUAUUAAAAAAGCAAAGCACAGGAGAAUAAUAUGCCAGAAGCAAUACGAUUUCCUUUUUCCUCAACAUUCUCCACCGACUUCUGAGAACUUCGAUAUCACUUUGUUAGUAUAUUUGCUUAGGCAUACUUGUGGACUUGAUAGUAAAUGUAAGUGGUGGACAGAGAAAGACAACAUCAAUAUACCCGACACGGAAGUAGGAGAAAUUGCUGAUAUUGUAAGGAUACGAAACAUUCGAAACGAGAUAUCUCACCUUCAAAAGGCAAUUGUUAAUCAAAAGGAUUUUGAAGAAAAUUGGGACAUCGCAGAAAGGGCUAUGCUGCGACUAGGAAAGAUUUGUCAUUUACCUAGCUUAACAAACGAACUAGAUACAGUAAAAAAUCAACCUUUCGAGACCGUAAAGGAAACGAUAAUCGUAAUAAUGCAAUCACAUGGGUUUGGUGAAGAUUACGGAUAUUUUGAUGCCGAUGAAGAAGUAAAUGAUGACAUUGAAGAGCAGGAAUUAGAACGAUAUCUGCAAGAUGACGAAGGGGUAAUUGAACGAGAUAUCGAUGAGGAAGAAGAAUGGGAACGUUAUAACCAAGAUGUCGAACAAGAAUUGGAACAAAUUCACGAAGAUGACGAAGAAGAAUGUGCACAAGCUCAUCUAGAUGAUGAACAAGAGUGGGAACGGUCCCAGCAAGAUUGCGAACAAGAAUCGGAACAAGAUCAUCAAGAUGACGAAGAAGAAUUGGAACGAGAUCAUCUAGAUGAUGAACAGGAAUGGGAAAGAUAUCAACAAGAUAACGAAGGGGAAAUUGAGCCAGAUUUUGAUGAGGAAGAAUGGGAACGGUACAAGGAAACUUGCGAACAAGAAUCGGAACAAGAUCAUCAAGUUGAUGAAGAAGAACUAGAACGAGAUCAUUUAGAUGAUGAACAAGAAUGGGAAAGAUAUCAACAAGAAAACGAAGGGGAAAUUGAGCCAGAUUUUGAUGAGGACGAAUGGGAACGGUACAGGCAAACUUCCGAACAAGAAUCGGAUCAAGAUCAUCAAGUUGACGAAGAAGAACGUGAACGAGAUCAUCUAGAUGAUGAACAAGAAUGGGAAAGAUAUCAACAAGAAAACGAAGAGGAAAUUGAGCCAGAUUUUGAUGAGGACGAAUGGGAACGGUACAGGCAAACUUGCGAACAAGAAUCGGAUCAAGAUCAUCAAGUUGACGAAGAAGAACGUGAACGAGAUCAUCUAGAUGAUGAACAAGAAUGGGAAAGAUAUCAACAAGAUAACGAAGGGGAAAUUGAGCCAGAUUUUGAUGAGGACGAAUGGGAACGGUACAGGCAAACUUGCGAACAAGAAUCGGAUCAAGAUCAUCAAGUUGACGAAGAAGAACGUGAACGAGAUCAUCUAGAUGAUGAACAAGAAUGGGAAAGAUAUCAACAAGAUAACGAAGGGGAAAUUGAGCCAGAUUUUGAUGAGGACGAAUGGGAACGGUACAGGCAAACUUGCGAACAAGAAUCGGAUCAAGAUCAUUAA